AUGGGUGGCUCCAUCCUCUUCAAGCAGAGGCUUGGUUUCUCGGGCACUCCCAGCGAGCUGAUGCCCCGCGAACUUGGACAGUGCGAGUACGAGCCUGGAAGCGAGGGAGAGGUCGUGAGUACCCUGACCUCGCCCGCGAUCGUGUCAUUCAAGACGCUGGGUGCGGACUGGACCGUGGAGGCGCUGUUGGACGCUGUGGCCGAAGCGGCUUGCCGCGGUGAAUGCCAAGCGCUCAUCGACACUGGAGCACUCGUCACAGGUUUGACCAACAAGGAGGUUGCAGAGCAUCUUCUGGGACUCAAAAAGCGCACGGACGGCUCCAUGCCCAUCACUCUGCCGGAUUGGAUUGAGGGUGUCGUCUUCAUCGAGGAGGAUGGCGCAAAGCGAAUCCUGAACCGGCAGUCUCGCGAGGUCGGCAAGCUGGCCGACAGCGGAGUUCCCAUCUCGGCAAGAUUCUGCUUCUACGACCAGAUCCACACCACAGGCAUGGAUAUCCAACAUCGCUUAGACGCUGUGGCGGCUCUUACCUUGGGCAAAGACAUGGUUUGGCGUGACUUUGCGCAGGGUGCAUACAGGAUGCGUGGCAUCGGUCGAGGGCAGAGCAUCUGUCUCUACAUCAUCCCAGAGAUUGAGCAGCUAAUUUCGCGGGACAUUGGUCUGGCACAUCUGCCUCAGUUGCCUGGGUUUGCCUCCCUGGGCAACCGGCACAAGGGUGUUCUGGAUGCGGUGGCCUGCUGGCUGCUGUGCCAGUCCAUGCGGACGGAGAAGGUGCAAUAUGCCAUGUUGCAGCUGCAGAACUUGGCCAACAUUUGGCGAAGGAGUUCGCUCACUGCGGUCAUGGAAGAUUACGAGGCAAUGGCUGGCAUGAAACCAGAAACCCUGGCAAGGGUCCAAGUCUACAAGGAGCCCAUCGAUUUCAAGGUUCCGUCAAAAGUACCGCAAUUGGACACUAUCGGAGCGGCGGCCGAGAGGAGGAUAGCAGAUGCACAGCGCUUCGUCCAAGAUGCAGACAGGCCGGAGCUCGAGGAGAUCCGGGGCAACAUGCGACGUCUCGCAGAGGCUGGCGGUGAGACCGAGGAGACGCAAGGAGAGCGUGGACUGGAGACUGAGCAGCAGCGAGAGCAGGAGCAGGAACGCCAGCAGGAGGUCGAAGAGGAGGGCCAACGAGAGCAGGAGAUUCAGAUCGAAAAGUUCGUGGACCUUAUGCACUGUCGUGAUCAUGAAGAGCCGGUACCCUGGGACGUGGACACACUGGCAGUGCCGGCCGAGACACCAAUCCCGAAGCAGUUCUACGAGGCCCGCGACUUCCGCCUCUGGAAGAGACAGCCGCUGAAGUCCCUGCCGCAGGAGUGCCUGCUGUCCCGGAAUUGGUUCGAUCCCCAAUGGAGCGGCUUCAGACGUGUGAAGAAUGUCUUCAUGCAGCUGGAGUGGGUCAGGAUUUUUAUCUUGGUCUACCUGGGCUCCUCCUGUGAGAAUGGCAUGGACAAGCCUGUCCCUUAUUGGAUCUGGUUCUGCGCCUUGCCCUUUGCAGUGCUGCAUUUCGUGCAAGAGGUCCGCAUCUUUCGCUACACAGUCGUACCCUACUUCCAGGUAGUGGGCCGGUUUCAGAUGCUCAAAGUUCAGAUGGGGCCAGAGCUUUGGAUCCUCAUCAAUGCUGCCAAGUCUCUGGCAUUUCAGGGGGCUGUCUUUUCGAACGCAGUCUUUGCUGCCCGGACGUUUGCCACCUCUCACUGUCCUCUACCAUACCAUGGGCACACUGCUGAGGGGGAUUUCUCGACGAACACGAGUUUCGAUGAGAUUUGGCAAAUUACGUUGCGGCAGUCCAGCUUCGUAUUCUUUAUGCGCGACGUCCCGUUGUCCGCUCAGGUGCUGUUUUUCUGGCUCUUAUCCUUCGCACCCUUGAUCCAUGCCAUCUUGGAGUCUCUGCCAAGCGAUCAAUGGAUUUGGGAGCUGGACUUUACGUUGGACAUGGAGAAACCCAACGGCCAGCCGGCUGGCGCAGCUGACGACUCCGGUGAGUACCAAAACUUCCUUGGAGGAACCUUCACCUUCGGGGACUCCGUUAUGAUGUUGUCGAGUGGCCUGGGCAUGUACCUCAUAGACGAGCAGAGCCCAUCCUACCCACGGGUCAAGACCUAUCGUGUCUUGGACAAGCUUCUGCAUUGCCUAAAGAAAGACCACGGCAACGAUGACAAGGCAGUGACUUCAUCGCAGGAGGCCUUGAACGACAUGCGCCAGCCCCUCCAAAUUUACACGCGGAACGCCUUGACCCGCUGCUUCCUGAAAGUGAUUACCUUGGGCCUCUUCAACAGUGCUCUGCAGAUCCACGUGCAGAUCUCGGUUUACGCCAUGUUCCGGGCGACCGCUCAGAACAAGACCGUGGACUUCCAGAGGUUAGUCUCCAUCGGCCUCAGCUUGGGGGGUGCCCUCUUCUUGUUGAUCAACGUGGAGAAGGUGCUCUUCUAUGGCCACACGGCCAUUCGGAAGGUUGAGGACGUCAUGGCGCACAUCAACGAGUCUUCAAUGCCUGUGACCUGGAAGGACUUGAAGAACUACUUUGCCUACCGCUCUGCCGAGAUGCAGGUCAUUCGAUACCGGGGCUACGUCCGUUAUUCUGCCCUCGCGUUUGUCCUGUGCAUCGGCUUAGCCAUCACAAAGCUGUGCAUGGUUUUCCGAUGCCCCGACUCUAUGUGGAACCUGGGCUCUCACCACUCCUGCGUGGACCUGGCGCCUGUGAUAGCUCGCCUCUCUAUACGUGUCACCUGCACAUUGCAGAAUGUCCGACAGCAGCGCGCCUUGAAAGAUGGUACUUCUCAUUCGGCGGCAAUCUGGGAUCUCCUCAGCCGGAAGGGCGCGGCCGAUGGAGAAAUGGCACCAAAGUGGAGGUACAGUGGCUCAGAGGAAGCCCAGGGAUCUCCCCUGUCUCCAGGCUCUCAGGCACAUGUUGACUUCGAGCCGCCCGAAGGUGACAUCGAACACAUGGAGAUUCUGAGGCUGCUGCAGGCUUCGUUCGACUGGGACACCGCCUUUCACUCUGUGUCCGCGGCCAUGGCAGUCCUGCAAAGUGGUGGGGACAUCGAGGCAGCAGCUGCUGCCGCAGCAGCGGUCUUGCCUGAUAAGCCGGAAAGCGCACGCCUCAACUACAUCGAAGCUUGCAAGCUGCUCCGUGCGGCCUACUUCCGGCCCAGAGACGAGGGCCGUGGUUUCAUCAUCCUGUCUCUGGCAGAGGCCGAGACCUUGCGCCGGAUCAUGCACUGCCGAGUCAGCAGACCACUGCUUCCGCAGCACCCCGAGACCAGCGUGGCCCUGCGUUGUGUGAUGUCCAACCACAUGAUCUUUGAUGAGUCAGUCGGCUUUGGAUCAGGGCCCAAGUUUCAGACCUCCAGCAUGCAGCAGGUGGCCCGGUUCCUGGAUUGCCAGACCUUCUACCGGGAGCCAGAGCUGUCUGUGCUGCUUCGCGCUCUCCAGCACGACCAGCCUUUUGCUCGCCGACGCUUCCUGGAAAGUCUUGGCAGCUGCAGACGGCGUGCCUUGUCGAACUGGCAGGAGCAGCCAAUUUCGGCAGUGUUGCAGCGAAACUGGCUGGAGUUCGACCAGACCCUGUCUCGCCUGCGUGCUGUGCGCUUGCGCGAUGCCAUCGAAGGGCAGGGCCUUUCUGUGGAGGCGGCCUUCCAGAAAUACGACGUGGACAACUCCGGACUGCUCGAGCCGAUGGAGUUCUGCAGGGCCUUGCACGACCUGGGAUUCGCUUUCACCGCCGAGGAGGUGGCCAACUGGGUUGAGGCGAUCGACGAGAAUGGGGACUACUGCGUGGACAAUCAAGAGUUUCUUGCGUUCGUGAAGACGCAGGUUAACAACCUGCUGGCAAGCGGCAUCUCAGGCCAAAGCACGCUGCCAGACUCCAUCGGCCCGGCCAAGAAGCCUCGAGCUCAUCCCGUUCCAGUGCAUUUUCCUGAAAAGAAGCCACUGAAGCGGCAGACUAGUGACCUCGUCCAGGCAGCAGAGGUGGAGCAGGAAGUCCACCUCAGAAAAGCCAAGCAGCGAAAGGCAGAAGCGGAUGAAGAGCGACUCAAGGCUGAAGAGGAGGAGGGUAUCGAGGUCCUGAUUGAGGAGGAGCUGGGCCAGAAUCCAGAGAGUGGGGAAGGCUGGACAGAGUACAACUUCCAGGCCGCGCGGCUGCCGAAGGAGACCUACGCUUUGGGUAUUGUUGAGCUUGUGCCAGAGCUCUACGGCUCCAAUGGGAAGAGCUACUGCUUGCUGGAGCCUGGAGCAGGACUCGUUGUCAAAGAGCUUCAGCUUCGCGGCAUGGCAGGUGGCCGCUUGAACUGCUACUCGCUGACCCUGUGGUUCCGUGUGCCCAACCUUCCGUUGAAGGCGGACCGCCUGAUCCUCAUGGACUUCCCGAGGCCAAGCAACGAUCCGCAGCAAUUCGACACGCCAGAGGAGGAGCAGAACACCGGCAAGCUCUUCGUCUGGAAGAACGGUUUGAUAGCCCCGGAAGGCUGCCACGAGCCUCGGGUGCUCUCCAAGAAGAAGCGCCGAAAUCAGGCUUCCCGAGGAACGCCGGCAGCCUCCGUCACCGGAGAAUGGCAGCUGCAGUUCACAAUUGAGGCGCAUGGCAAGCUUCCGCAGCCCAUGGGGCAGGAGGCAGCAGGGUCUGCUCCGGCCGCUGCACCUGAACCAGCCGAGGAGGAUGCCGAGCAGGGGCCGGAAGCGGGCGAUGCAGCUGCUACUGCACACGGGGCAGCAGCCAAUGCUGCUCGCAUGCUUCAUGCUGAGUCUUCGCAAGGCCAGUUUCCAUACACCGUCCAGAUCACCUGCGACUCGAAUAGCGGAGUUCUCCGCGUGCGACCCGCCCGUGGCAACCGCCUGGCGAGCGGAGGCUCAGGGGAAGAGAUCUUCAGCGUGGUGAUCCGCCUCACUGAAGAGCGCCAGCGGCUGAUCAAAGACGAGAUGGGCGGCCGUGAAGGAGACGAUGCUUUCAUCUCCAAGCGGCUUUGGAAGAAACACCUGAAGUCAGUGGUCAGCGGCCUGGCAAGGUCUUUCGAAUCCCUGGGCUUCGCUGGCGGAAAGCGGCAUUUCAAGGCCACUCUAUUCCGCAAGCUCAAGGAGACCCGUGACGAAGCCAUUGUCGCUGUGCGCCAGACGGAGGAUGCUGCGGCCGCAAUCGCAGAUCAGAUCCGGUCAUCUGGUGCUCUUUUGCAGGACCCCGAAGCCACAGAGGACAGGACCUUCGCCGGAGUGCCGAAGCUGUUCGACAUCGUCACAAUGAGCCAGGAUGCGCAGGACACCUUCGGGCCACUGCGAAAUGGGGCGAGGGCCCCUGACUUCGCACCCUGCCAGGUUCGCAGCAAAGGCAUGGUAUUCAAAGAUGUUGCUUCUCCGAGAAAUCUCAUGCCACUACAACGGCUCGACCAAGCUGCGUGCUAA